AACAGUCAUGGAGCCCAAGCAUCGAUGAUGCGACGCAACUUUUCUUUUCAUAACAUCAGUGGACUGCAUACAAGACGUCAAGACAAGAACCCAAACCUGUGUCAGGGCGAGCUACUUCCUGCCACGUGGCCUCCUCCCUUUCAUGUUUUCCCCCCCUCCUCAACUAAGCACAGUCGUGCUGUCCAAUUUGGUGCCGAAUAGAUAUUUCAUAUUUCUGCAAGAAGGAAAGAAAGAAAUGGCGAUAAUUUCUGUGUCAGCACUAAGAGGGGCUCGGUUCCCUCUCUUUACCAAUAAUCCACACCCAUUUCCUCAGUUUCCAAUUCCAAGCAGGAGAUCAAGUAAGCUCAAUUUUCGCUCAAAGGGUUUUACCCCUUUUGCCCGGUAUGCUCAAUCACAGCAGGAUCUUUUCUCUUCUCGCCUCCAAGACGGUAUUGAAAACUUGCCCAAACUUGUGGAGGAUAUUGUUCAGACAUCUAUCAAUACCGGUCCACGUGGAGCCCUAAGGCUGGCUCAAGGUAUUCAAGCAUUUCUUGGAGUUGGUGGCGAGUGGCUGGCAGAUGCAUCAAAGUCUACAAAUUCUUCUGCUGGAUUACCAACCCAAAUGCAGCUUGGAUUACUUUCUCCACAAUAUUUGAGGAGAUUGUUUGAACGCAUGGGAGCAACCUAUAUUAAAUUAGGUCAGUUCAUAGCAUCUGCACCUACAUUGUUCCCAGCAGAAUAUGUACAAGAAUUUCAGAACUGUUUCGACAGAGCUCCAUCAGUUCCUUUUCAAGAAAUUCAAGCAAUCUUGCGUGAGGAAUUAGGAAGACCAAUAGACAGUGUGUACGAAUAUGUUGACCCAACACCAGUUGCCUCGGCCUCAAUUGCACAGGUUCAUGCUGCAAGGCUCAAGGGCUCUCAAGACGAUGUAGUUAUAAAGGUCUUGAAACCUGGAAUAAAAGAUAUCCUAGUGGCAGAUUUGAACUUUGUUUACAUUGUUGCUCGCAUAUUGGAGUUUUUAAACCCUGAACUCAGCCGUGCAUCACUGGUUGGUAUUGUCAAAGACAUAAGAGAGUCCAUGCUUGAAGAAGUCGACUUUUAUAAGGAAGCUGCAAACAUCGAGGCCUUUAGGAGUUAUUUGGAAGCUAUGGGACUUACAAGGCAAGCUACAGCUCCAAAAGUAUACCAGCACUGCAGUACCCAGCAAAUUCUUACAAUGGAGAGGCUAUAUGGAGUGCCUCUCACUGACCUGGACUCUAUAAGCUCACUUGUUUCUAGUCCAGAGACCAGUCUUAUAACUGCCCUCAAUGUGUGGUUUGGUAGUUUACUUGCAUGUGAAACUUUCCAUGCAGAUGUUCAUGCCGGCAAUUUGUGGUUGUUACGUGAUGGCCGCAUUGGGUUUCUUGAUUUCGGAAUUGUUGGUCGCAUAUCCCCAAAAACAUGGACUGCUAUGGAAGUGUUUCUUGCGUCAAUUGCAACUGAAGAAUAUGAGUCAAUGGCAUCUGCCUUGAUUGAAAUGGGUGCCACAAACAAGGAUGUGGAUGUUAUGGCCUUUGCCAGAGACCUGGAAAAGAUAUUCUCAUCAAUUCAGGAUUUGGAUACUGAAUUAAUCGUUGCAACUGCCAGGGAUAGAACUACAAAUGCAACUGCUGUCUCUGCCAAUGUUGUUGUUGACGAGAGGCAGAUGAAUGCACUCUUUCUUGAUGUGAUUCGGGUUAGUGAAUCAUAUGGACUCAAAUUUCCCAGGGAGUUUGCUCUUCUCAUGAAACAGCUUCUGUAUUUUGAUCGGUACACCCGAUUGCUGGCCCCCAACUUAAACAUGCUUCAGGACCAGAGGAUUUCCAUUGUUUCAAAUCGAGGAAGCAGAUAUAAGAACAGCUUCAGAUGAAUUUUGUAUGUGUAGAUAAAUCUGCCAAGGGCUUUAUGCUUGCCUCACCUUGUUUUCAUUUCCUUGUAAAUACAACCAGCAGAAAAGCUGCAAAUCGAAGUUGAAGUCGCAGACAAUCAAUAGGAAUUGAAUCUCUCCACACUACAGAAGAAUGCACUUUUACAUUUUCAAUGUUUUUGGUAUUGAAUUCGGAAGGAAUGUAAUUCUAUAGUUGAUCUUUUA